AUGUGGGAAAUGCAAAAGCUGCUCAAAGAACUGGAGGGUGAAGAUGCUGUCGUGCGCAGAGACGCCACAGAGGCGUUGCGCAGGAUGGGUCCUGCAGCAGUUGAAGCUGCGCCGCAGCUGAUCAAAGCGCUGAAUGAUGAGUCAUCAUGGGUGCGCAGCAGCGCUGCAGAGGCCUUGGGCAACAUGGGUUGCACAGCGGCGGAAGCGGUGCCGCAGCUGAUGAAAGCGCUGGAUGAUGCAGAGUCAUUUGUGCGUAGUAGCGCCGCAGGCGCUUUGGGCAACAUGUUUCCUGCAGCAACUGCAGCUGUGCCGCAGUUGAUCACAGCGCUGGAUGAUGAAGAUUCCUUUGUGCGCAGAAGAGUUGCAGAAGCCUUGCGCAGAAUGCGUCCUGAAGCAGCUGAAGCUCUGCCGCAGCUGAUCAAAGCGCUGGAGGAUAAAGAUUCCUUUGUGCGCAGCAGCGCUGCAGAGACCUUGGGCAACAUGGGUUGCGCAGCGGCGGAAGCGGUGCCGCAUCUGAUGAAAGCGCUGGAUGAUGAAGAGUCAUUUGUGCGUAGUAGCGCCGCAGGAUCCUUGGGCAAGAUGGGUCAUUCUGCCCUUGGCAAGAUGGGUCCGCCAGCUGAAGCUGUGCCACGGCUGAUCCAAGCGCUGGGGGACGAAGACUUAUUGGUGCGCACAAGCGCUGCAGAAGCCUUGGGUCCUUUGGGCCCAGCAGCAGCUGAAGUUUUCAUGUCUACAGCUUUGCUGCGCGAGAGUCUGAUCCCUGUCCUGGCACUAACGGAUGUGACAGAGCCAGCCCACGGUUCUUUAUUGCAGCUGCGCUUUCUCAACGAGCAGGCUACGUGCAAGUCAGCUUUUCAGAGUGUGAAGUUCCACU